GAGAGAGAGAGAGAGAGAGACAGAAAGAGGGAGAGGGAGAGGAAAGGAAAGGAAAGGAAAGGCAAGGCAGCAGCUCCACGCCACUCCUUUGUUUUAGGAAAUCGCUUGAAUCGCUCGAAGGACUGGAAUGAUGCAUCGCGUUUCUCUCGCGUUUUCCCGCGACGCCUGUUUUUAAAGGCGAACUUGACCAUUUUGCGUUUAAUUUGGUGGAAAAGCGUUUGAGGUCCGACACCUACAGACGCAUUAAGCGUUUCCUCCGCGUUCGCCCUCCAUGCGUUUAGACUCGUUUUUCUCCAGCGUUUCGCGUUCCACGUCGCGGGCUCCUCUCAUCUGCCGAAGCGUUCCGAAGCUCCAGGCCCGAGGUACUCGCUACUCUUCAAAGGCCUUUAAUGCGGCACUCGCGCGACACAUUGUAACGGGUUUCCACGCGUCAGAUGAGCGUCGGUUCUGAUCCAUAAAGCGCCGCCGAUCCUCUGCCAGAACAUCUCGCCUGCGCUGUUCGCUCUUCAUACGCAGCGUCUGCGGCCCUCUUCAAUGUUAAUGUCGACCGACGUCGCAUCUGUAAUGCUGCCCGUGAGCCACGGGAUCCUGGAACACGACAGAGAUCUGGACUCCGGUUCGGCGGCGGUUCGGGGGAUGAAGCGCGGGGACCCGGAGCCGGAGGGAGCCGCGGCGGCGGGGGAUUCGGUCGGAGCUGAAUGCAAACGAGCGCGGAUGGACGGAACCGGAGAGACCGGACAGGGUUCACAGGACACGAUGGGAGCUUUGGAGGGCGUCAUGGCUCCGUUCUCCUCCUUCCCUCCUCCUCCGCCUCCUCCUCCUCAGAACGGCCUGGCGCUGGAGUUUGGGGCCGGCAGCAUUUACUCCGCAGGGGGCCAAACGGAGGCCCCGGCAGGAGCCAGCAGCACCUCCUCCUCUAACCCCAGCGCUCAACUGUCAGACAGAUCUACUCAGGCUGAAGUUCAGUGUGUUUCUGUCGGCGCUGCGGGCAGCAACGAGUCCUCCGAGGCCAAAGGAACCCCGAAACGGCUCCACGUUUCCAACAUCCCCUUCCGCUUCAGAGACCCAGACCUGCGGCAGAUGUUCGGGCAAUUUGGAAAGAUUCUGGAUGUGGAGAUCAUUUUCAAUGAGAGGGGCUCAAAGGGCUUUGGUUUUGUGACGUUUGAGGCCAGUGCAGAUGCAGAGAAAGCACGAGAGCGUCUCCACGGGACCAUCGUGGAGGGACGGAAGAUCGAGGUCAACAACGCUACGGCUCGAGUGAUGACCAAUAAGAAGAUGGUUAGCCCAUAUACUAACGGAGAAGGUCUCAGCACGCUGCCCUAUGCGGGGUGGAAAUUGAGUCAUAUGAUGAACGCGAUGUACGCACCGGAGCUCUACGCAGUUCCAGGGUUUCCGUAUCCCACUGCCGCAUCCACCGCUGCCGCUGCAGCUGCCAGCUUCAGAGGAGCACAUCACCUGCGGGGUCGAGCCCGGCCCGUCUACGGAGCGGUGCGCGCCGCGGUUCCUCAGCCAACCAUACAGGCCUACCCAGGAAUAGUGUUUCAGGACACUCUGGUUAGUAGCAGAAUGCCUCAGAGCGGCUAUACCGCGUAUCGCUACACCCAGCCGACGGCGGUAGCGAGUCCCACAACAGCGGCGGCAGCGGCAUACAGCGACAGCUACGGUCGCAUGUACACGGCAGAUCCGUAUGCGGCUGCGCUAGCGGCUUCUCCGGCAGCGGCGGCGGCGGCAGCAGCGUAUGGAGUCGGCGCGAUGGCCACUCUCUACAGAGGAGGAUACAGCCGGUUCUCACCAUAUUAAUACACUUCCAGAUUCGCUGUCUCUCUGAAACUUCACCAACGGCUGCUGACCUCGGAGGGAAAAAUCCAAUCACGCUCUUGGACAAAAAAAAAAAAGAAAAAAAAAAA